AUGAUAUUAGCAUUAACUGACCAAUCAGGAGACAGAGAAAUAUCAAGUCUUUUUGAUCCCCUUCUUUUACAAAUUUUGUCUAUCGCAAUUAUGUUACUUACACCUUCGUGUCUUCGUUCAAUUAUCAACUUGCAUGGAAUGAUACAGGUAAAAAUAUCUAUCUAUCUAUCUAUCUAUCUAUCUAUCUAUCUAUCUAUCUAUCUAUGGGUACCUGUCUGUCCUUCUGUCUAUCUAUCUAUCAUCUAUCUCACUUUAGUCACUACAGUAUUUUCACAUCUAUCUAUCUAUCUAUCUAUCUAUCUAUUCUAUCUAUCUAUCUAUCGUUGGUCAUCGAGUAUUUUAAAAUCUAUGUUCUAUCUACCUUUGGUUAUCUCAAUAUUUUCAGAUGUAUCUAUAUGUAUCAAUCUUUGGUCAUCUCAGCAUUUUAAAUCUAACCUUUGUCAUCUAAUAUUUUUAAAUCUAUCUAUCUAUCUAUCUAUCUAUCUAUCUAUCUAUCUAUCUAUCUAG